AUGGCAUUCUCCAUAUUCUUAGUUGCGUGGGCGCUGUUGUUUGCUGCACCGGGCCUCGCGCUCAACUUUACAGUUGCUGGCGGCCAGAUCUUCACACCGGGCCUGGCCGUCGUUGAUGCUCCUCAACCAGGAACUCCCCUAGGCGGAGAAACAAUAGAGGUCGCUUUGGACGUGUCGACAAACGGCAGGCUUCCCUUGCCACCUUAUGCAGACAACAGCCCGAGUCAAAUACACAACAUCACUAUCUUCUUGUACAGCUAUGACACAGGCAAGAACUUCACCAUCACCAAUGGUACCGCCGGCUCAGGCAACGCCAGUCUCGGCGACAUCAUGUUCCAGGAGCCCGGCAGCACCGUGAAGCAUGUCAAAUGGGUCUGGCCCGACUGUCUCGUGGGCGAUGGGCAGCCAAACGAAGUCGGGAGCGCGCGGGGUUUUUAUAACAUAUCCAUCCGCCAGAACUUUCGACUCAACGGGGCAGACCACUACACCAUCUUCGACCUGCCCAUCUCAGUGACAAACAAGAUCGAUUUCGGAGUCGUCCGGCCCUCGUGUGACUUGCUUAACAAUCCGCUCCUGACUCCGUCCCAGAUCAACGCGACGAACGACGUGCCCGUCAUGUUUGCGCCUGGCGACGCCACCGUGGUCCAGACUGCCGGAAGCGGCACAUUCACGAUGACGCCGCGCCAUUUUGACAAUUCGUCGGACGAAUCAUUCGGGGGGUUCGACGAGGAUGAGCUUGCGUCACUGGGCGAAGAGGAAGCUGCGAAAGGCAGACGGGACGCCACUCUCCUCGACCUCGACGACGAGAAGGAUUCCGACGAAGAGGAGCUCGAGCGCUUCGUCCUGGGCAGCAAGGCCAGCUUCCGCGAACAGCUGUUCCGCGGCGACUUCGACACAGAUUCGGCAGCUCUAGUGGUGGCAUCGGGCCAGGACGUUGCGGAACACGGACAAGCAGCAAUUAGCCAGGCGCAUCUCAACGACUCGGCCCUCUUCUUCAUCGACACGGCCCCCGGCGAUAAACCUCUCGACCCAGAGGCACCGGCCUGGGAAGACAGCGACGAUGAGCGACUGGCUGUCUCCCUGGCCGGCGCCACGAGACUGAGGAAACUGAGGGCUUCCGCCGCCGAGGAUGUUGUCAGCGGCACAGAGUAUUCCCGCCGCCUACGGCAGCAGUACCUACGGCUAUAUCCGCAACCAGCAUGGGCCCGAGAUGCUGCUGCCGGUAGCAAGGAUGGGUCCAGGCGACGACGGUCUUCGGCGACAUCCCGCGGCAAGGACGGCGACGAGUCGUCGGCUUCGGAGAAUAGCGAUGACGACGACUUUGACUCGACGCUUCCGCUAGAGACCUUUCUCCGUAAUGCCCACUCCUUCACGGGCGGUACUAGCGGUGCGAACAAGCGCAGGAAGCUGCGGCCAGAGACCAUCGACAUCCAGCGCACGAGGGACAUACCCGAUUCUCACAAAGCUGCCGUCAGCUCCCUGUCGUUUCACCCCAAGCAUCCCAUCCUCAUGUCGUCAUGCACAUCCUCCAUCAUGUACCUUCACCAAAUCGACCCCGCGGCGUACCCGAUACCGAACCCGGCCUUGACAUCGGUCCAAGUCAAGAGUACCGAUCUCCGUCGCUCCGCGUUUCUCGGCCCCGACGGCGACGAAGUUGUCUUUGCCGGCAGGCGGCGCUACUUCCACACGUGGAAUCUCUCAUCGGGCCAGGUGAAGAAAGUAACGAAAAUCCAGGGCCACCAGCAGGAACAGCGCACUAUGGAGCGCUUCCAGCUCAGCCCGUCGGGACGCUACAUGGCGCUGGCCGCGUCGGAUAAGAAGGGUGGCGGUAUGCUCAAUAUCAUCAACGUGGCCACGAUGCAGUGGAUUACGCAGGCGCGUGUUGACGGGCGCGGCGGUAUCGCGGACUUCGCCUGGUGGAGCACGAGCAACGGCCUGGCCAUCGCGUCCAAGGACGGCCAGGUUGCCGAGUGGAGCAUGCUGUCCCGGCGCACCGUGGGGAUAUGGCGGGACGAGGGCUCCAUCGGCGCCACGGUCUUGGCGCUAGGCGGCCGCAGUGGCGGUCCGUCCGACCUCGGUGAUGACCGCUGGGUCGCCGUCGGCUCCAACAGCGGCAUCCUCAACAUAUACGACCGCAACGAGCUCAUCGCCCGCUCGUCCAAGGAAAACGGGGGCGUCACUGAGAUCAAAGCCCUGCCUCAACCCACCCGCACGUUUGAGCAGCUGACGACGGCCAUCACCACCGUCACUUUCACUCCCGACGGCCAGCUCAUGGCUUUUAGCAGCCGGCUCAAGAAAGACGCCCUGCGCCUUGUCCACCUUCCCAGCUGCACCGUCUACCGCAACUGGCCCACAGAGCAGACGCCCCUGGGCCGCGUCACAGCCGUGGCAUUUAGUGCCCAGAGCGACGUCCUUGCGGUGGGCAACGACUCGGGCAAGAUCAGGUUGUGGGAACUCAGAGACUAA